CAGACCCAAGCGGCGACACUUCCAGCAGCAGCGAGCGGAGCGAGAGCGCGAGGAGCCCGGGGAGAGAGCGACACCGACCGUUUCCUGCCUCCGGGAGCCAGCGACCACCGGACGAACACCCGCGAACAAGAAGCGCAAACCCCGCUCCGUUAGUUCUUUCACUUCUUUCUAGUAACUUUCCUCCGCGGAAGGCGACAAGUGUUCACGCAGGGACCCGGGGAAGAAAGGGGAGAGGACUUCAGCGGCUCCGCUCACCUCCAACAUGGCUUCGACCACCUGCACCAGGUUCACGGACGAGUAUCAGCUGUACGAGGAGCUGGGGAAGGGCGCUUUCUCAGUCGUGAGGAGGUGCAUGAAGAUUUCUACCGGGCAGGAAUACGCCGCCAAAAUAAUCAAUACCAAGAAGCUGUCCGCCAGGGAUCACCAGAAGCUGGAGCGAGAGGCCCGGAUCUGCCGUCUGCUCAAGCAUCCCAACAUCGUGCGACUCCAUGACAGCAUAUCAGAGGAAGGAUUCCACUAUCUGGUCUUUGACUUAGUUACCGGCGGUGAGUUGUUUGAAGACAUUGUUGCCAGGGAGUACUACAGCGAAGCUGAUGCCAGUCACUGCAUACAGCAGAUUCUAGAAAGUGUAAAUCAUUGCCACAUUAAUGGCAUAGUGCACAGGGACCUAAAGCCGGAGAACUUGCUCCUCGCCAGUAAGUUGAAGGGGGCAGCGGUUAAACUGGCCGACUUUGGCCUGGCCAUCGAGGUGCAGGGAGACCAGCAGGCAUGGUUCGGCUUUGCCGGGACACCAGGGUACCUGUCUCCAGAAGUGCUGAGGAAAGAUCCCUACGGCAAGCCAGUGGACAUGUGGGCCUGUGGUGUGAUUCUCUACAUCCUCCUGGUGGGAUAUCCACCUUUCUGGGAUGAGGACCAACACAGACUCUACCAGCAGAUAAAAGCUGGAGCCUAUGAUUUCCCAUCACCCGAGUGGGACACGGUGACUCCAGAGGCCAAAGACCUGAUCAACAAGAUGCUGACCAUUAAUCCAGCCAAGAGAGUCACUGCCACAGACGCACUCAAACACCCCUGGAUCUGCCAACGCUCCACUGUGGCGUCCAUGAUGCACAGACAGGAGACUGUAGAGUGCCUGAAGAAAUUCAAUGCCAGGAGAAAACUCAAGGGGGCCAUCCUGACCACCAUGCUUGCCACUCGCAACUUCUCAGUAGCCAAGAGCCUGCUGAACAAAAAAACGGAUGGUGUCAAAAUCAACAACAAGGCCAAUGUGGUCACCAGCCCAAAAGAGCCUGUCCCCACUCCUUCUCUGGAGCCUCAAACCACUGUAAUCCACAACCCAGCUGAUGGAAACAAGGAGUCCAGCGAGAGUGCCAACACCACCAUCGAGGACGAGGACGUGAGAGGUUACCUACUUAGCAUGAAAGCCCGGAAGCAGGAGAUCAUUAAAGUCACAGAGCAGCUGAUUGAGGCCAUCAACAACGGAGACUUUGAGGCCUACACGAAGAUUUGUGAUCCUGGCCUCACGUCCUUUGAGCCUGAGGCCAUGGGAAACUUGGUGGAGGGCACCGACUUCCACCGCUUCUACUUUGAGAACGCUCUGUCCAAGGGGAAGCCAAUCCACACCAUCCUGCUCAAUCCCCACGUCCACCUGAUCGGGGACGAGGCGGCCUGCAUCGCCUACAUCCGCCUCACCCAGUACAUCGACAGAAACGGCAUGCCUCGCACCAUGCAGUCAGAGGAGACCCGCAUCUGGCACCGCCGCGACAGCAAGUGGCAGAACAUCCACUUCCACCGCUCCGGCUCGCCCACCGUCCCCACCAAUUGAGUUCCGUGACGACAAACACCCUCCAGCCUACUGACGUCAGCUGACAAGACCCCGCCUACCAAGUGUCCAUCAAACCCCUCAGCCAAUCCCUGCCCGUAACAGCUAGAGCUCAGCCCUCUCAGUGUGUUGUUUACAUAUUGUCGCUGCUGGACUGAAGGUAACGUACAUGUUGGUGGGGGGAAAAAAGCUAAUUGAGGAAGAAAACGUUAAGUCUUGACAAUAUCAUUUUGUUGUGAGUGUGUGGUGUUCAUUACUGGAUAUUUCCAUCCACGACAUGUUUUAAUACAUUGAGUUUUUAGUUGUUUUUUUUUUAGAUCAGUAUGUUUUUAAUAGAAGUGGUUUUCCGAGGAGCCAGUGGAUUGGUUUUUAAUAGGCUGGUCAAACAUGUGAAAUGUCCAGUUAUCGUUGUAGUGAGAGUUUUUCCAUUUGAAUAUUGCACAAAUUGAGGACUCAUGAGCUCUUGUGAUGUUUUCGCCUUUUGGCACAAGGACCAAUAUAUCACAUAUCCGCUUUUUACUCGUGUAUCUUCGCAGAAUCGCCAUCUGCUAUAGCUCAGACACACGCUUGCUUUGUUUCGGUGGCGUAUAGUUUUCGGUGAUUGAUGUAAGUUGCUCGCUCUCUAUCUUUUGUAGUAUCCAUCCGAACUAAGUUAGCUUAUUUCACAUAUCUUAUCUGGUUUGCUGUUGCCAUUGAGUAUGCUUUCUAGGAAUCUUACUUACAUGUUUAAAAAAGGAAAAUCAUUUGGGACGCAUGUUUUAUUUUGUGUGUUUGGACCUCCGUCACAAGCAGCAUACGAGAAGUUAGGACUUUACGAGAGUCUUGUGAUAGAAUGUAAACUAAACUAGAGAUGCGUAUAAUUCUUAAAGGCCAUUCUGUAGCUCUUGCCAGUUAAAUCAUAUUUUCAUACAGCGCAGAGCAAAUUAUGUGAAUUUUAUCAGUUUUUCUAUUUUGUUUUGUUUACUUUUUAUAUUGUGAUACUGAUGUUUGUCCCUUCACUUCAUUAUUAUUGCAUUUAAGUACCCUGAUGAAUGAUUUCUGUAAUAUUAUUCCUUUAUUUUACCUAGAACGAUGUUCAACCUAUGUACACGCUCGUGUUUUACAGUGUCACAUUUUACACUGGACAGGACUGAAGUAGAAUCACGAUGUUCACACUUACAAGCAAGUUCCUUUUGAUUUGAUUCUUGGUCAAAGUCACCAGUCAACCCUCUCUUUUAGUUAUUGAUAUGUGUCUAUAAUUAUGUCAUUAGAGUGUCACUGUUGGGAUUGUUGGCAUCACUUACAGGUUUAUAUUUAAACACUUAACUUUAGGUUUUUUAUGUGGAUAAAAUUAACCAGGAAUAUCAAUUUUAAAAUGAGGGAAAGGAAAUAGUCACACUUUUAGAUGGCGUCACAGGGGUUCACUGAUGAUUUGUGCUCAGCAUAUAUACUUUUUUUUUUUUUUUUUGCUUAUAAGUAAUGACAUCACUGAAUUGGUACCGUUCUUCGGUGUGAUCACAUUCGUUUCACAAACACCACACUUUGUUUCUAUCAUCCUAAGAUGCAUUAAAAUUUCCAAUGGGACACUGAUAUAACAUGUUGCAUUGAUGGGACAAACCUAAUGUAUGUUUAAGAUAUAUCAAAUAAAUUGUGUGAUUUAUGCCAAAUGAA